UCACACCACUCCAACUAUCAGAAACACCCAAAACAACCAACCAAGAUACACAAAACAUUAAUCACCAGAAUGAGCUCAUCAACCAUCCAAGCACACACAAUCCAGCACUCCAACCUCGACCAGUCGGCGGCCGACCUCGUCCUGCUCUCCAACAGUCUGGAUAAGUCCAAACGAAUCACCGACAAUCUGUCGAAAAUGUUAACUGGCUUCGAUGAUAGACUCUCAAGACUAGAAAGGACGAUUGUGCCGAUCCAUAAUGACACGAGAACAUUAACUCGAAUCAAUGCAAACAUCGACCAGACCAUCUUGGCUGUUGAUAAGCUCCUCGCCCAUCACGACGCGGCCAUCCAUCAAGAGGUGGUCAUCCAAAACGGUCCUAAUCCCAAUGAGUUGGGCUCAUUCAUCUCCUCCCUCGAUGAGAUCGUCAAGUCUAUCCAAACACUUUCUCGCACUGAAGCACCCGUCAGCGAAUCUACACUCCAUGCGGAAAAAUUACUAAGAACUGGCGUCGAAAGCUUGAGUGACAUGUUUGCUGGUUGGGUUCGCGACUCUACUGGACCACCUCUGACAGACCCGGUCCAUCAGACAGCUGAUCCUCCCCAACCUUUAGGUUUUUCGCCCAAUACGAUCAAUAAACUUCAUAAACUAUACGCCUAUCUUCAACAACUCUCUAAAUCACUUCCAGGCAACCAAACCAUACAAGAUGUCCAUAAGGAGAUCGUAUCAGCGUAUGCUUCAGUCAGGAGUAAGUAUGUCGUGGCGAGUUUGAAGACCCUUAGUGAUGGCUCAGUCGAAGCUAUCAGAAAUGGAGACGGGUUUGGUCAAUUUUCAAGCUUUAUCUCCUGUCUUCUCGAUAUGCUAAAUGUUGAAUAUAAAGCGGUUCUAUCUGUCUUCAAAGGUGCCAGCACGAUCCAAAUCAAAGCAAUCUAUUCACAAGUGAUUUCAGCAUCCUUAGAAUUACUGUCCGAAACGGGACAAUCGGUCAACAGCGUUAUCAAGCGAUCAUUAUCAUCGUACAUUGGAGUUGCAUUCGACACUUAUGCGGCGAUCUUAGAACAAUUGCCACGAUUUGACGAGGAAGUUCGACGGCCUGCAGGCCGGAAGGAGAAUGAGCUCGGAGAUCUCUUACAUGCCUUUAAGGGCUCCUGUCUCAGAUCGUUACCCGAAUUCAUUGCGGAUACCAAGACCUUUGGAGAGAAACAGCCGGUUGGAAGUGAGGCAAGUAACACGAUGACCAGCGAAAUGACGAUCGUCGUCGUGGAAUAUUUGAAGAUGCUGUGCCAACAUCCUGACAUGGUCGAGACCCUCUUAGUCAUUCUUGGUGAUGGAAAAUGGAUCUUUGGAGCGACGAAUAAUCCCAAGACUCCCUCUAGUGCUGGCGCAUCUAACGAUGAAGCACCGCUCUUGAUCAAGUAUCUUGAUGAUGCACUAUCGACAUUGUACGCUGCCAUAGAAGCGCGGUCCAAGAAUCUGAAGUUACGGUCUACUGUUGCGAGUGCGAUUACGAGUGUGACGGCAAGGAACGGAGUGGGAGCGAUUUACAUGUUGAACAACUUCACAUAUAUUCGACGAGAAUUAUUAGAGUCGGCGGUUUUAGAUAUCUACGGGGACCCGCUAGCGGACCAAUUGAACAAGCGGGUACGGACGUGCAAGGUCCGAUACCUCGAGAUCUGGUCCCCCUUGAUCUCCGCACUGAUGGAUGCGGGUGGAGAGGAGGGCAAGUUCGGGCUCGGGGCGGUCAAGAGCGCCUUGCCCGGCCAACACGCCGGCGCCGAAAGGAGAGACGUCAAGGACCGCUUCGGAAGGUUUAAUGAGGCCUUCGAGGAGGUCAUCCAGUUGCAUCAGGCCGCUAAUCUUGCUAAUAAUGAUCCUGAUCUCAAGGACCAGUUGAGAGAUGAAAUCGAAAGGAUGAUCAUGCCCACUUAUGCUAAGUUCACCCAACGACACGAAGGCGGCCAAUUUUCAAAAAAUCCUUCCAAAUAUCUCAAGUUUUCUGCCGAACAACUAGAGGAAAGGUUGGAUGGAUUAUUCCAAUAAAUGAGCAAAAUGUAUUGGUGAUCAACGACUAGACGAAGAAGAAGUGGAUGGACCUGAAUGAUGGACUUCAACUCGGUCCGUCUGAUUUUUUUUUGAGCCACCCGAUCUUACCCAAACACAGAGUCAGAUCGGUCUAUAUCGCUGGAUUAGGACGGCUAUUGAUGGCUCGUUCCUCGCGAAUCGGUGCCCCACAUCCCUUUAUUUUCCUAUCGUCAUCUUUCCUUCGUGGGUUGACAAGAUUUGUUCAUCCCUCAUGAUCAGCUCACCCUCCCUCGACAUCGAUCUAUCUCUUAGUCUUGCCUCGUUUCGCUUGUAAAAACUUGAUCAACCAUCCGCAACUGUGCUUCAAUAAUGUAUAUUUGUAGUACUUAAGCUGGCAAAACGGUCGUUUUAGUUGGUAAGAAAUGUUUAUAAUCUCUCAUUACGUCAUCUCAAACAUCGCCCGCCCGGCUAGCUCAGUUGGUAGAGCAUUCGACUCUUA